CAGAUUUAUAAAAAAAAAAAGCAGUUUCCAUUGGCAAUCACGUGGAGGUGCAGUUCCGCGAAAAUGCUCUGAGCGCCGCUCGUGCUACGUCAUUGAAUUGGAAGGAAACUCGUCCGUGCAGCAGUCCUCCUCUCGGACUCCUUUUCGAGCUUCGCAGACGAGAAAGACGACGCUCUGCUCGCCAUUCGAUGAGGAACGUUUUCCGUGGAUUCUCCUGUUUGAUUUGGGAACAUUCGACCGAGGUUUUUAUUUUCAAGGUGUUUGGAUAUUUUCGGAUCCGCGAUGGACCGUCUGUGGAUGCGCGCUGUCAGAGGCCGAUGGCGCACACUGUUUGUCGUUCUUUGUCUCUGUGAGCUGCGCUCCGUGAGCGGACAGGCUCGCUAUUCCAUACCGGAGGAGCAGGCGGAAGGCUCUUUCGUGGGGAACAUUGCGAGAGAUUUGGGCUUGGAUGUGGCCAGACUAGGAGCAGGUAAAGCUCGUAUUAUUACGAAAGGAGGCCGACAGUAUGUGGAUUUAAAGCGAGACAAAGGCACACUUGUCAUUCAAGAGCGCAUCGACCGAGAGGAGCUUUGUGGAAAGACGACGCCCUGCAGCUUCACUUUCGACAUCAUUUUAGAAAAUCCCAUCCAACUUUAUCGCGUGACAGUGGAGGUCGUGGACAUUAAUGACAACAGUCCGUCCUUCCCUCAGUCGGAAAUUCAUUUGAAAAUUGCCGAAAGUGUCGCAUCCGGGGCGCGUUUCUCACUUGAGAAUGCGGAUGACCCAGAUGUUGCUCUUAAUGAUAUUCAGAAUUACAUACUUAAACCAUCAGAUCAUUUUAAAUUGGAAAUACAGAAUCAGCCAGACGGUGAGCGUUUCAUAGAAAUGGUUUUACAGAAGCCUUUAGACCGAGAACAGGAGGAGAGCCUGACACUCAUGUUGAUUGCGUCAGAUGGCGGUGAGCCACAUCGAUCGGGGACGGCGAGAAUUCAAAUCACUGUGCUGGACGCCAACGACAACGCGCCAGUGUGCACUCAACCUGUUUACAAGGUCGAUGUGCGAGAAAAUUCACCUGCAGGAACCUUGAUCGCGACUGUGAGUGCAAGCGACGCUGAUGCGGGCCUCAACGGUGACGUCACAUAUUCCACUCGUUCUACCAAAGACACAGAGCAGGUUUUUGAUGUAAAUGUUAAAACUGGAGAGAUUAAAGUUACAGGUAAAUUAGAUUUUGAGAAAUCGAAGAGUUAUCAGUUAAACGUCCAGGCCAGUGACCACGGAGGUUAUACGGACACGUGUAAGGUUUUCAUCAACAUAAUUGAUGAGAACGACAACAUCCCCACAAUCAAGUUGAUGUCCUUUUCUCAGUCCAUACCUGAGGAUUCUCCCCCAGGUGCAACCGUGGCUGUUUUCAACGUGAAUGAUGACGACGCCGACGGCAACGGUGUUGUCAAGUGCGCCAUUAACGCUGACGUCCCGUUUAAAAUCGAGUCUUCGUUAGCAGGUUACUACACCAUAGUGACCGAAAACUUCUUAGACCGGGAAAGCGUCCCCGAAUAUAACGUGACCAUAACAGUGUCCGACCGAGGCUCUCCGCCGCUGUCUAGCAGUCAAAACGUCAACGUUCAAAUAUCCGACGUGAACGACAACCCGCCCGAAUUCCGUCAGUCGGAAUACGGGAAGACCGUAGCAGAGAACAACCCUCCCGGUUUUUCCGUCUUGACCGUCAGUGCCGGUGACGCGGACUGGGGCCGGAACGCUCGAGUCUCUUACUUCCUGGAGGAGAAAGAAGUUCACGGAGCGGCCGUGUCUUCUUUUGUCUCGGUCCACCCGGAGAGCGGCGUCGUCCGCGCGCUCCGAUCCUUCGAUUACGAACAAAUCAAGUCGUUCGACUUCAACGUGAGCGCCCGCGACUCCGGGUCCCCUCCGCUGAGCUCCGCGGCCGCCGUUCGCAUCCUGAUCCGGGACCAGAACGACAACGCCCCUCAGGUCCUGUACCCGGUCCCGCCGCACGCCGAAACGGUGCCUCGUUCGGCAGACGCGGGCUAUCUGGUGACUAAAGUGGUGGCCGUGGACGUGGACUCCGGACAGAACGCCUGGCUCUCCUAUAAAGUGCAGCACAAAUUUGCCACAGACAGGGGGGCGCUGUUUGAAGUGGGCCUCCACAAUGGAGAAAUGCGAACUGUCCGCCGAGUGACCGAUAAAGACGCCGUCAAACAAAGACUGACCGUCGUCGUGGAGGACAACGGGCGGCCCUCUCGUUCGGCCACGGUGGCGGUGAACGUGGCGCUGGCGGACGGCUUCCCCGAAGUGCCGAGGUCGGAGUUCGCCGACGACUUUAGCGAGGACGACGACGACCGGCUGACUUUUUACUUAGUCUCGGCUCUGGUUGCGGUCUCCUUCCUCUUCGUCGCCUCUUUGCUGCUUAUCGUAUCGCUCAAGGUGUACAGGUGGAGACGGUCUCGCGUCCCGUACCGCUCCGACCUCCCCGUCAUUCCGUACUAUCCGCCGCGCUACUGCGACACGUUGGGUACGGCGGGGACGCUCCCGCACGUCUACAGUUACGAGGCGUGCGCCGCCGCCAAAGGUCACGUGACGAACACGCAAGCCGUGAGUCAAAGUUUAGUGAGCGUGGACGGACCGGACGCCGACGUGCCGCACGGCGGCGAGCAGACGUCGGGGAACUGCUCUCGGAUGUCGACUUUGGUGAGUCAAAUGAGUACAUUUGUUUCAAUAUGUUUGUUUUCAGAGUUAAUAUCGUGUGUUCAGAACCUGAAAGCUAGGCUUGAGUAAAAGUAAACGGAAAUAGGGCAUCUUCUCGUUGGAAAGGGGAGAAGAGGACGCUCAAAGUAAAGGAAAUCCUCAAGGAAAGAGGUUAGCUGAGAAGAAGUGGAACACUGAGAGGAGGAGAAAGGAAUACAUUGAGAUGCGAUGGAGGGCAAAGGUCGAGGUGGCAAAGGCCAAACGAGGCAUAUGAUGACAUGUAUGCCAGGUUGGUCACUAAAGGAGGAGAAAAAGAUCUCUAUAGGUUGGCCAGACUGAGGGAGAGAUGGGAAGGAUGUGCAGCAGGUUAGGGUGAUUAAGGACAGAGAUGGAAAUGUGUUGACUGGUGCCAGCGAGAUGGAAAGAAUACUUUGAGGAGUUGAUGAAUGAGGAAAAUGAGAGAGAAGGGAGAGUAGAAGGGGCAAGUGUGGUGGACAAGGAAGUGGCAAUGAUUCGGAAGGGGGAAGUUAGAAAGGCAUGAAAGAGGAUGAAAAAUGGAAAGGCUAUUGGUCCUGAUGACAUUCCUGUGGAGUUUUGGAAGCAUCUAGGAGAGGUGGCUGUGGAGUUUUUGACCAUCUUGUUCAACAGAUUUAUAGCGGGUCAGAAGAUGCCUGAGGAAUGCGAGCAACAGUAUGGUUUCAUGCCUAGAAACAGUAGCACAUAAUUUGCCUUGAGGAUGUUGAUGGAAAAGUACAGACAAUGUCAGAAGGAGCUACAUUGUCUUUGUAGAUCUUGAGAAAGCCUACGACUGAGUACCCAGAGAGGAACUGUGGUACUGCAUGUGGAGGUCUGGAGUGGCAGAGAAGUAUGUCAGAAUAAUACAGGACAUGUAUGAGGGCAACAGAACAGUGGUGAGGUGUGACAGAGGAGUUGAAGGUGGACGUGGGAGUGCAUCAGGGAUCAGCCUCGAGCCCCUUCCUGCUUGCAGUGGUCAUGGAUAGGCUGACAGAUGAGGUCAGACUGGAAUCCCCGUGGACCAUGAUGUUCGCAGAUGACAGAUGACAGUACAUAAUGCUUUUUCCAGGUUUGCAGAAGCUUUCCUGCUUCGUCCUUUGCAAGAACUUCCACUCUGCGAAGAGUUAGUCGCUCUCUCUGAGAAAGGCACUUUUAUUUCAGCGCUAAAGUGACGGCUGCUUCGUUUUGCUAUCAACUCACUUCAUCAAUGACAGCAAGCGUGCAGUUGAUGACUAUUUCCA